AUGGGCUCCAUAUUCUCAUCAAUCUACUCACCCAAUCCUUCGAAGCCAGACUCUCGACCUCCUUAUGAUGGCCCGAAUCGAUACCCAUAUGUGCGUAACGGCCAGCUUGUCCCCGUCGAAGCGAAUCCCACCAUUUGGUACGAACGCUUGUUUGAAGUUGCGGACUGCGUACAACACCAAGACACGGACAAAGUCAUCAUAUUCACGCCCAUCUGCGAUGAAGACAACGGCGAAUACCCAGACCCCAGAUCGAGGCAUGGCUGGCCUAUAAAGCGUUUGCGGAAGGCGUACGAGCUCCUCGGUGGACCACACCCGCGGAUUGUUCGACUGGAACCGGGCCAACUCAAGAGGGUUGAGGUGCCUGCGAUGACAGUGCCUGUGGUAGCGCAAACGAUGUCGCACGACGAUAAGAUCAUGCUAUCGCUGUAUUACCGAUGGGCGAUACAGGCACUCUCCGCCUUCAGGGUCAUGCAUGCAAGAUCCAUGUGCAUUGGGUUCUUCUCAGCGCAACUCGUGUGGAUACGCCCGGACUUCUCGCUCGCAGUGGGUGGAUUCAUCAGCGCUAGUGCACAGGAGAUAGAGGAUGAGCUCUGGAAAGAUACUGAAGAAGACACUAAGGCGGCCCGACGAGAAGCUGACUUCAUAGAUGAAAAUGGGCGAAAGAUAGAGAGCACCGCUAGCUGCGGUUGGAGCGAGGGUGAGUGGGCAGCGGACGACAUGAUAUAUGAUAUGGUACAUCAUGAGGAUCCUUUUGAUGAAAGUUACUACACAGGAGGUGUACAAGGAAGUGUAAAGGCAGACCUCUUCUACUGGGCUACAUUCGUCUGGCGACUCAUGACGAACGACUUCACUGCUGUGUCGCCAUCGCAUCGUGGGCCUUUUCGUGGGCUAUGGGAGCCUGCAUGGCCCAUGGAAGGAGGCUAUAAAAUCGAAGACUCGCCAAAUAUAUCCAACAUUAUCGAUGAGAGAGAACGGCGCAAGCUAUUCCAGGAGCUAGAGAAUGCUCGACUGGGACAUGUUCUGGUUGGCGCUUGGAAUAAUCGAUAUGGCAGCGUGGAUAAGGUCAUUGGUGAUAUCGAGUUGGCGGCAGCUGAGGUGGGCAUAACCAUCUCUGGCGAUGAGGUUGACAUUGGUGAGAAGUGGGAGGGUAUGUUCGAGUUCAAGGACGGGAAGCUGGGGUUCAAACUUAGAUCUGAUUAG